AUGUUUUUCAGUUUUCAACCAACAUUUGAUGAGGAUAAUUAUAAAACUAUAGAUGAUCAAGGUCAAUUUUUUGUAAUGUCUUUAUCACACAAUGCAGAAAAUUUGGAUGGUGAACAAAUUGAUUGUAUGACUGCUGAUUUUCAUGGACGUCCAAGUUCAACUAGUAGAUUUAUGGGAAGUAAAGGAAUUACAAAGGAUGGGUUUACCGAUGAAUUAUGUCUUGGUAUGAUGCACGAAACAACAGUUGAUGUUAAAGCAAAAUAUAAAAUGUUACCUAAUAAAGAGGAAGGGACAGCUUGUGCUGAUUUAGAAGAUGAUAACGCAGAUACAGAAUGGGAUUGCCAUUUACGCUGUCGUCUUGAAUUUGUUCGUAAUUUGUGUCAAUGUACAGCUCCAACUUUAAGUUACUUAAUUGGGCCAGAUAAAGAAGAAAAAGAAUUAAAAGAAUGGCCAAUAUGUGAUUAUGGGAAAUGUAAAGUUGAUGUACAAGGACGUAACUAUAGCGAUGAGGACUGUACAAAAAAGUGUUUUAGAAGUUGUGAUCAAAUUCGUUACAAUAUUGAUCAUGAAAGGAAAGGGAAGAGUAUGAGACCUGAUUUAACAACUGUAGUAUUAAAAUGGGAUUCUUUUGAAUAUUUAACAAUGGAACAAGAUUGGGUAUGGUCUGUUACUACAUUUAUUGCAGCGCUAGGUGGAAGUAUUGGAAUGUGGUUGGGAUUGUCUAUUUUGAGUUUAAUACAAAGAAUAAAUGGACCAGAGAUCCUGCCGUCUAGAAUUCAGAAAAUUAGCAAUUCCCGUCGUUUCUUGGGUUGGAAAAAUACUAAUUCGCGAAAUAAGGAAGUAAAAGUCGGAAAUUUAUUUUUUAAAGUCAGGAUCCCUGAUAUGAAUAGGCUAGAAAAAAACAUGAAGAAUCCUAGUGGACCCGGACUGAAAUAA